UAAAUAUAUAUCAUUUAUAUAUAUAUAUGAAAAUAUAUAUAUAUAAAUAUUCCAUAUUAUAUAUGAAAAUUUCGUAUAAAAUUUCAUAAGUAGUUAUUUAGUGAUUGGUAGACAGCGUUGCAAAGACACGCUAUUCGCGUUGUAUUGUAUAAAAAUAAUUUGUGAAACGAUAUUUUGUAGAUGAUGUUAUAUUUUAUACUAAUCCGAAAAAUACCAACAGUGAUUUAAUAUAAUUUUAAAUUGACUUUUAUUAAUUCAUCGGUAAUUAGGAGGCGUGGCAUUUUAUGUAGCUCCGUAUGCUUUGUACUCACGUUUGGACACGUGCACUUAUGAUAUGUAUGCCAUGUCAUAUGUAUAUACGCGCGUGUAGAAGCAUGUUUCGAACCUAACAAAGAAACUUAUAAUAUAGUUAAAUGUGAUGAUAAUAUAAUAUCAAAAACAUUAGAAAUUAAAUUUCUAUUAAAUCACUAUAUUGCAUUACUACGGACAAAGUAUAAUUUCAUAAUUAUAUGAAGUAUCAUAAUUAUUCUAUUAUUUUCAAUUACGAAUUGGUGUGUGAGCUGCAAGAUAAGUUUUUAGUAUUAUUAAAUAUUGUGACAUGGAAACUGGAUAUUUAAAUUUUCACGAUGAAGAACAAUUUCCUGAUUUUUCAUUAUCUUUGGAACAGAAUUUAAUGGAAAAACCUCAAGAUUUAUUAAUGCAUAUGGUUGAAAAUGAUUUUGAUUAUAUGGAAACACAUCUUGAUAUCACAAAUUCUGAUAGAUUAUGGAAUAAGGAACACGAACAUAAUGAGGAUACAGAUGAAAUGUCAAUUUCAGAAAUUUCUAAUAUUUCUAAAAUUGAUAGUAUUAAAGAAGAUUUUGCAAAAGUUCUUACGGAUUGGCAUGAGCAUAUCGGUUAUUUACAGACUUCAGACAUUGAUGAAUAUAUGGAUAUUAUAGGAUUAAGUAUGAAUGGAACAGAUAAAAGAAAUUUUUGUACUUCAGAAAGUAUACUUCAAGAUGAACAAGCAAUACAUAGCUUAGAAUCUAAUUUUCUUAUAAUGAAACAAGAAGAUUUAGAAAAAGAAUCUCUUCAUGUUAAUCAGAGUACAUCCGGUUUGAAAAGCACCGAUAAAGAGUACAUAACAGAAAAUAAUUCAUAUCAUAAAAUUGGUGACUUUAUGAAAAAUGAUAAUAAGAAAUUAGAAACAGAAGGUAAAUCAUUGUUAAUAGAAUCUGAACAUUUAAAAAAGCAAAAAAAGAACAUACAUAAAUAUGAUAGCAUAGGAAUCAAUACAAGUACAAAUGUACUAGCAAAGCAAAAAAAGAAAAAAAGAGAAAAAUGCUUACAACGCAAAAAAGAUACACGAAACGAUAAUAAUAAAUCUGAUCAAGAUAAUAAAUCUGAUAAUCAAUUACCAGUUUUGGAAGCAGGAGAUGUUAAAAGUUUAUUAGAACAAUUUGAAGCUUCCGAAAGUACUUUAGUAUCAAAUUAUUCAUCUGUCAGAAUAAAUAGGGAAUAUGAGUUGGAUACAUCUAUAAAAUCUAAUGAAAUUCAACAAUGCAUAAAGCAAUCUCAAAUUUCAAAUCUACAUAAAAAUAUCAGAGAUGCUUUACCAAAAGAAGUUGUUGAAAAUAUAAAGACAUCUGCACGCAAAAAGGUGAUUUCAGUAAUACCUGCAAUGCCUAAUAUUCAAAAUACUAGUCGCAACAAUGGAACACGUAUGCAGGAUGCUGCUGCAUCAUUGUUUCGAAAUAAGCUUUUAAAAAUAGUGACAAAUAAUACACAAAAUACACAAAAUAAGACCAUCGAUGGUGGACUAGUUCAACUGGAUCAUGAUUAUUGUAGUACUAAUUCUUCAACUAGUAAUUUAGAUAGCAACACAUAUGAAAAACAAUCGUUUUCAUCGCAUAGAAAUAUUAUAAAAAAUAAAGAAUAUUCGACUGAAAGUAAUUCAAAGAAGGAUAGUGGUUUAGAAUCAGGCGAAGCAAGCGAUAACAGUGAAGAACAAACAGGAAUUACAACAGUUAAUGAUAUUCAAGUUAACAAAUCUAUGAAAGAAUCACAAAAUGAAACAAAUUGUCGAAAAGGAACAUUAGCAAAUGAAGAAAAUUCUCAUAAAAUUAAUAUUUCAAAUAAUAUUUCAAAUUGCGUUAUUUCUCAUAGACAAAAUAUAUCUACAAAUAAUUCAAUAUCUCAAAUGAAAAUGCAUUCAGCUUUAACAACAAAUAUUUUGCAAAUACAAGAUGUUGUAAAUAAAACAAAAUCUAUAAAAACAGGAAAUCAGAGAAUAAAACAAAUGGUUUCUGUAUUAAAAAAACCUAAUAUACAAGCACCUAUUGUUAAAGUUAUUCCUAAUGAAAGUAUAGUAACUACUACUAAUAGCUUACACGAUAAAGUUCAGAAUAUUAUUGUUCAAAACAAUGAAAAAACAUGUACAGAAAAAGAAGAAAAAAGACCUCCUCGUAAAAAAUUAAAUUUAGCAGAAUACAGAAGUAGAAGAGAACAAAAUCGUAGUGACAAUAGUAGAACAAAUUCACCAGUACAACCUAUGAAACUAAUAUAUGUUCAUCACGCUUCCACUACAACUGAACCAAUUAAAGAUGACCCUCAAAAUUUAAUCUGGUCAGAAAGAGAAAUUGUGUCAGUUUUGAAACCAAAACAAGAUAUAGAUGAGAAAAAAGUUUGUCCAAAACCUUCCACUUGUGAAAUAGGAAUUCAAACUUAUGAAACAGUAUUUGAAUUUCCUCCGAAAUCUUUAAUCGAUGUUGAUGAGAGACAUAAGCAACAAAGGAACAAUAACGUACAAGAUAAAAGUCAACGAUCUCAUAAAAAACAUGGAAUUAGUUCUAAUUUGAGUCGAUCUAGAUCAAGAAGUAAUAGUAAAAGCAGAAGCAGGAGCAGAAGUAGUACUAAUCGAAGUAGAUCUCGUAAACGCAAUAAUACAGGUCAUCGAAAAAUAAGUCGACGUAGCUCCGUUAGCUCAAAUAGUACUUGGUCAUCACGAUCACGAUCUCGAUCUCGAUCUCGAUCUCGAUCUCGAUCUCGAUCUCGAUCACGAUCACGAUCACGAUCACAAUCACGAUCGCAAUCGCGGUCACGUUCGCGAUCACAUUCACGUUUACGUUCGCGUUCGCGUUCGCGUUCGCGUUCGCGUUCGCGUUCACGCUCGCGUUCACGUUUACGUUCACGUUCACGCUCGCGUUUACGUUUACGUUCACGUUCACGUUCACGUUCACGUUUACGUUUACGUUUACGUCCUCGUUCACGUUCGGAUACAAGAUCUACUUUCAGUUCAGGAUCAAGAUAUUCACGAUCACGUUCUAGAUCAAGAUCUCAAUCAUCUUCUCGAUAUUCUAGUUGUUCUAGGUCUUCAUCUCGUUCAAAUUUCGGAAGGAAUAAAUGGUCAAGAAGGAGAAGAAGACAAGAAAGAAGAUAUCAUACUAGUUAUGAUAGACAUAGGCAAUAUUCUAUGGGCAAUUAUCAUAAUUAUAGGGAUUGGAGAAGAUCACCUCCAACUUCGUAUCGGCGAUCCUAUCCUGAAAAUUGGUAUGAUCGAGAGAAACAAAAACAAGUAGAAGAGCGAAGAGUGAUUUACGUUGGACGCUUGGAUGAAGGAAUCACUAAAGCUGAUUUACGUAGAAGAUUCGAAACUUUUGGUCCUGUAGUAGAUAUUAGUGUACAUUUUCGUGAGCAUGGCGAUAACUAUGGUUUCGUAACUUUUGCUUAUAAAAACGAUGCCUACGAGGCUGUAGAGCACGGUAAUGACGAUCCAAGUUUACCAAGAUACGAUUUAUGUUUCGGAGGUCGACGUGCUUUUUGCAAAGUGAAAUAUGCCGAUCUUGAUGGUAUGGCGAGCAGUUCACUUAAUAAUGGUCACAUGUUACAAGAUAAUGAAGAUAACACAUUUGAUCUUCUAUUAAAAGAAGCAAAAGCAAAAUUACGUAAAAGAAAGGUUUGACAUAUGUACUAUUUGCUAGUUUUAAAUGUAAUUUAAAAAAUUAGCAAAGAUGUCAUCAAUAAUAUUUGGAACAAAAAUAAGUGGAGAGAUCUAUACUAGUAUUUUCCACUAACAGAAAUAUAGUAAAAGUUACAGAAUAAUUGUUAUAGAGUAUAAAUAAGUGUUGCAAUAUCGCACUUGUAAUAAAAAAUAAUAAUUAACAGCUGUAUUUUUUGAAUUAAUUGAAAAUAUCAAUAAUUUAAAUAUGUAUAGGAUUUUGAUAUUUUCAAUAAUAAUGAAAGUAUUAGAUCUUUUCUAUGUAAAAGUCUGCUUAGUUAAAAAUAUGUAUAUGACUCUAUAUAAUAGAUUUUAUUUUACUCGUGAUUUUUAUAAAUAAUUUAUUGAACGUAAUACAAUUAAUUACACACGCUCUCCUGGGUGGACGCAUUUAAAGUAGACAAAAAUAAUUGUAAUUUAAAUAUUUUAACUUGAAAAAUGCAUUGAAAUCAUCAUCAUAAUAGAUAUUUGUUCACAAUUAUUUGUUACGUAAAGAAACGUAACAUUUUCAUUGUCUUCAAAAAUAUCAUGUACCGAUCGAAAUGAAAUAUAUCAUGGAUUAAAAGCUCUCAAAAACUUAUAUGUUUAUAUAGAAAUACAUAAAUACAUAAACAAAAAAUAAUUGAAUCGGAUGUA